AUAAAGAGUUGUCACCUUGACGAAUGCGUCUCGGUACCUUUUCCCAGUGUUCUUCUGUUUCCGUGCUUCUGUGACAUCGUCAGUUGUUCGGCCGCCAUGCCGAUAUAACAGUUUUGCAUCAGUGCUUUGUGACCAUAGAGUUUCUCACUAUGUUAUGUUUGUGACAUCGGCUGUAUUGCGUUUUUUCGCCGACGGCUUACUACCACAAUGGCGGGAUCUGCGUUCGCCACCUCCGUUCUCGAUGCGCCGUUGUACGUCGCACGUUGGACGGCGGGACAUAUUGGUGUCUUGGCGCUAGCUGGAUGGCGGGACCUCAUCAUUAUGAUCAGUGUUUUGCUUGCCUGUGUCUACAAGACCCUUCAUGUGUCACCUGCGACAGAAAGCAUUUGUGGGCAGCCAGUGCUCUCCUACAAAGACUGGCCUGCUCUGGCUGCGACAGCAAUGAUCUUGCACAUCUAUGCAUGGCCAACUUUGCUGCUAUUUGUCACUCUUGUUAAUUACACUUCCUGCAUCUUUUCUCAUUUAUUGGGUAAUAAAGUUUGACUGUGUGACAUGGUGUACAGUAGAUGUCUUGCAGCAUUUUGGCUUGCAGUCCUAUUCUGUGCACUUCAUUUCAUGAAAAGCUCAUCGUACAGUGUGUGUAAAAAAAA